GCUUGAAUAAAACCAUAUGAACCAGUGGUGCACAAAAUGCACAUAUGCCCCUGUAAUUAGAGAUAAGUACCUCUCUUGUCCUUGAGUCUCCAAUUGCUUGAGAAGCUAUACAGAGGGGAGCACAAUUGAUUCAUUUCAUGUUUCUGACUUUGGAGCAUUUGAUCAGUCAUAUCGUGUAGAGGAUGCUGUUGACCUGAGUGGAAACUCAGUUUAUAACUCACUAAAAGUAAGUAGCCAAACAAUUUCUCCGGGCUCUGCUCACAUAAGUAGCCUUGGUAAGUUGCCAACUUCACUUGAUAAAAGCCCAUUGACAAACCAAACGGAGCCGCAUAGGCUGCAAUUACAAAGGAUUCAACCAUCAAAUUCUGGCACCACAUUAGAUUGUAAUACAGAUAACAGGGAGGACUCUGCCAUGGCUGAUGCCAGUCCUAGGACUGAUAUUUCUACAGAUGUUGACACUGAUGACAAGAAUCAGCGGUUUGAGAGAAGUCAAGUCCUUGUUGUUGUGGCUUCUGACUCCAGUGACAGAUCAAAAGAUAAAACAGACCAGAAGACUCUCCGCAGGCUUGCUCAGAAUCGUGAGGCAGCAAGGAAAAGCCGUUUGAGAAAGAAAUUGGCAAAAGGAAGAUAUGUAGGGAAUGGAUAAUUCUAGUUCUCCUUGUGCUGGAAAUUCUCAUACAUAUUUGGAUGAUCAAUUUGGAUAUAAAGAUUAGGUUGGCCUGCUUGACGAUGCAGUGGACCUUGAUUCAGCUCUAGUAUAUGAUUUUUUUAUUUUUUUUAUUUUUUGUAUAGAGUGGGAGGAUAAGGCAAUUCUAGAUACAACAAAGAACAUGAAAAUACUCAAGAUUGCGGCAAGGAUGCCCAGAACUGGUGUAAAAAUAUUAACUAGUCCUGUCUGUAUGUUUUAGGAGCUAGUAACUAGUAACUAGUGUGUGCCAAAUGCAAAUUUCCUGUGU